UCCAGAGAUUUAACGCUGUGUGUACAGCUUUCUCCAAGGCUCCACUCAGAUUUCAAACGCUCGCACUGAGUAGUUCGGAAUUGUCGCCGGAGUGAAUUGGUUUAGUCCGUGGGUUACUCGAUCGGUUGUGUAUGAGUUGGAUGUUACCGGCAGGAAAUACUGGCUUCCUGUGUCGUAGAUAGGAGCGUUCUGUAGGCAUGGAGAUUCGAGAACCAACAAUUUACAUACAUCCAAGGUUGGAGGGUAUUGGGAUGUCCUGCAACUUAACUCUUGGGAAGGAGGAUUGGAAGGGCUAUGACGCAGUCCAACCCUUGGGUCCCCACGCGAUUAGCUUGCAACUCUUUUCAUCAUCUCUACCAUCGCCGGUGUCCUCAACCGUGCGCAUCGAUGGCGUGUGCUCUAAGGCGGAAGUGAGUAUGUAGCAUUCCGAUGAUCUGGUUUUAAUGAGCGUGUGGCCCUGCUCGUUUCAAUCAAUCCCGUGCUUUCUCUUUGCGAAAUGCUGGGCGUAUAGGUGCCUUGUGCAUUUCAAUGCAGAGUCGCUUCGCAUGAUCGGAUGUUCCUGCUUAUGAAUUGGCCGUAGUUUGGUUGCAGUUGAUCGCCAAUUGUCGCAUCAGAUUCUUAUGUUGGUAGGAAGAAUGCUUAAAAAUGGAAGCGUAUCAAGAACUGCGCUCCAGUUACGUAGGCUGAGAUGAACUUCAUGGCAACGCUUCUUUGCGAACUCUAGCAGCUGGACGCAUAUGAGAGUCGACGAAGGCUACGAUAAGAAAGAUUUUCACUUGACUGUGAAUGUGCUGAGCCUGGUCGUAUACGAAUCUGAGCACUCUUGAGCAUGAUAGGGUUUGUCACGAAAAUCUGCUGUGUCUCCUAUUUUUUAUUCUUGGUGAACACUCUCCCUGUCCCGUAAGCAUCACAGUUUGCGAUGACUAUGAGGUAUUAUGGAGCUCGAAAAGUUGCAACAUGCGCAUAGACUAGAAUCAAUUCUAGCGCAUCGACCGAGAAGGGCGUCGUCACUUUUAGGGCACCUAGCGUCUCCAAAGAAUAGCAAGAUUGUCACGAUGUAUUGAAUCGAAUCGGAGCAAGGAAAAGCAGAGCAAGAAUGGCAGCUCUUGAUAAUGGCUGGUGGACUAUGACGAUAUUCUGAUGUUACGAUUGCGGUCCUAGAGUAGUAAAUCAAGAAGGGAGGAUUCAAUUAUGGAAAGGAACAUGGAGGUCCUCUAGCGAGCAACAAGCUUGUGCAGGAUAGCUUGUCGAGAACAUCCCCUGAUGGCAGAUAAUAAGGCGUGGAUUAACGCCCUCACAGCAGGUACGGCAGUGGUUGCUGUUGCCACUGUUGUUUGUGUGUGGCAGAGGAUGCAGGGGAGCACACAAACAACGAGAACUACUCGCCACCAAGCGCUCGGGCUUUUACAUGAAUUUCAGCAUGCUGCAGCGACCCCCUUGUACGUUUUGCGACAGAUCUCGGAGCACAUGGCGGUAGAGAUGCGUGCCGGCCUAAUGACAGAGGGCAAGAGCAGCCUGCUCAUGCUGCCAACUUUCGUGGAAAAUCUUCCGGACGGAAAUGAGACAGGUCUGUUCUACGCCUUGGAUUUAGGCGGAACCAACUUUCGGGUUCUGCGCUGUCUCCUUGGGGGAAGAGAAGGCAGAGUACUGAAACAGGAGUACGAGGAGGUCCCUAUUCCCAAAAUACUCAUGUUUGGCACAAGUGAGGAACUUUUCGACUUCAUAGCCAAGAAGCUGGUCGACUUCGUCAACCGAGAGGGGGAUGAGUACAAGCCGCGCGGUGGCCGACAACAAACAGUCCGCGAACUCGGGCUGACGUUUUCUUUCCCUGUGAAGCAAACAUCAGUAAGAUCUGGUGUUCUCAUCCAGUGGAGCAAAGGCUUCUUAGUUGCUGACGGGGUUGGAGCAGAUGUGGUGGCGCUGUUGCAGCGUGCGAUCAAUCGCCAGCAUGGACCAAAGAUUGAGGUGGUUGUGCUGGUGAACGACACGGUGGGCACUUUGGCAGGAGGGCGCUAUUGGAACGAAGAUGCGAUGGUUGGGAUGAUUCUGGGGACAGGUACCAACGCUUGCUAUGUGGAGCGUGAUCUGCCUGCCCAUGCCAAUUCCAGCACGGGUGAAAUGGUUAUCAACAUGGAGUGGGCUGGGUUCUGGUCGUCACAUCUGCCACGCACUUAUGCCGAUGAGCAGCUUGACAGUGAGAGCGUCAACCCUGGUCAAGCGGGAUUCGAGAAAAUGAUUGGAGGCAUGUACUUGGGAGAAAUCGUCCGUCGUGUAUUGUUCAAAAUGGCGGGGGAGGCUGCGUUGUUCGGGGAUGAAAUACCGCACAAAUUGAAAGAGCCGUUUGUCUUAAUGACUUCGGAGAUGUCGAAAAUGCAUGCUGAUGAAUCCAGCGACUUACGGGUGGUGGGCACAAUUUUGAGAGAUGUGUUUGGGAUUCAAAAAACCGAGUUGCCUACGCGUAGGAUUGUGCACGACGUGUGCGACACUGUAACCUUGCGCAGUGCAAGGCUGGCGGCAGCUGGAAUUGUGGGCAUCUUCAAGAAAAUUGGCGGGGACUCGUGGGACUCCCCACAUCUGAGCGGGACCUCCAAAGCAGUCCACCACCACUCCCGAGUGACUAGCACAGGAGUAGGAGCCGGAAAGACCAUGGUGGCCAUGGACGGAGGACUCUUCGAGCAUUACAUCCAGUACCGGAUCUACAUGCAAGCCGCUGUUAGUGAGCUACUGAGUGAAGCCGCAGCGAGUCGCCUGGUGAUCCAGUUGGCUAAAGAUGGAUCUGGUAUUGGAGCGAGCAUUCUUGCAGCCUGUCACUCCAAGUACAGGUAACAGGUACUCGAUCAGUCAUAUGCUGAGCUGAUGAUGCUUUUCCGGAGCUGAGUGCUCAGCCAAUUGAAUCUCUAUGCUUUGCAACACACCCCCACAUCGCAGACAGUCAAAUUUCUUUUUGGUCGUGGUGCUGAAUAUCAUAAGUAGUUGGCAAAACGAAUGUGCGUUUCUCAUUCACCAAGAGAGUGCGUUAUCCAUCCUUGAAUGCUGAAUGCUAGACUGGGUCACAUUUUGCCGAAACAAACUUAUCGUUGACGUGGCGCGCUUCUUUCAUUUACUGUUGUUGACGCUUGUUUGUUUUACCGACAUUGUAGAGAUCAGUCGAGGAGUGACCAUAAUACUCGAAUGUAACCGAAUCUGUCGUUUAUGAAAAUUGUUGUCUGAAAGUAAUGAAACAAUACAUCGUCUGUCUAAUUCACCAACUUCUCAAAAUGUACACUAUAUGAGACACAAGCUUUACAAUUUUUGAUUCAUGCUCUGCUUCGUCGUCACAAAGCCUUCUCAAUUGAGCUCCGUAGCUAAGCAACCGUGUCGGUAGCAUCCACAAAACUGUCUGUAUUAAAGUUUAGAGUGAGAAAAGCAAGGAGUCGAAAUUUUAAACAAGGAUGCUGAAUAGUUGUCGUAAAAACGUAAUGAAAACAUUAACAAACUUGUAUAAUGUAUAUUAGAAUUUUUUUAAGUUUUAUAUGUUACAAUUCCAUUCAUUAAUGUAUUGGUGCCCAAUCAAUAUCAAAACUUUAACGAUCAAUAAUAAAGUGAUAUAUUACAUA